AUGACCCUGCAGGAGCGGCAAUACACGUUGCCAGCCAUGGGCGAACUGCGUUUGGUGGCUUCCACGGCAGUGCACGUACCGACAGUUGUCACGCUUCAACCGCUUGCAGAGGAUGGUGGCGAGCAGCCGCGUGCAGAUGUGUUUGGUACAGAGCUUUCACCUGGUGUUGCUGUACGCCUACCUGCUGGUCGCUUCUGUGGUGUCUUCUCCCCUACUGGGUGUACGUUAAUCGUUUCCGCUCCAUCUUCUGUUCACCAGUCGUGCUACGGCACAACGUGUGGCGCGACGUGGGCCCGCUCCAUCGCCGACAUCAAUACGCACCUUGAGGUGCAGAGAGUGAAGGCGCGACGUAGUGGUGUGGAGGGAUUGGGGCCACGAGCGCUCUUUGUCUCGGACCGUCGUGUUGCCGGGACCAGCACCUAUAUUCGAAUGCUGACAAACUAUGCUGUUCGUCUCGGUUACCACCCUCUCCUCCUCGAUGCUGCGGUGGACGCACCUCGCUUCGGCUACCCUGGCCAUGUUUCGUUGUACGCUGUUCAGCACACAGUGGAUAUCGAGGAAGAGAUGUGCUUUGUUCCCUCUCUACACGCCCACCAGGGUGUUGGGAAGCACGAAGAUCCUUCCCUCUUUAUGCACGUUAUGCGUGGCCUGAUGCAAUUGGCCACCGAGCGCAUGGCGCGAAGCGAUCGGUGCAGAGUGGGAGGUAUUUUUCUUGAUUAUGGGAUAAUCCCACGCACUCUUGUUGAGGAGGCGGAAACGUGGGAGUGUUCAGAGGCGCGUCUAGAGGAGCGUAGCAGGACAAACCCCCUUGAUGUUCUCGUUGACACUAUCAUAGAGGCUGAUAUUGACCAUGUGUUUGUGGUGGGAAGUGCCUGGCUGCGCUUCAAGGUGGCACAGCGGCUGCAGCAGCGACUUGGUGCACCACCGGCCGUCUCGUGGACGACACCCUCGACUGUCUUUUGCAACGGCGGCCUGAAGGUGCAGCUCGCUCUGGUGGACGCGCUUCAAUGUGGAGCCGUUGCUGAGGAUGCUUUCUUCAAGCGCCAAUGCUGGCUGCACUACUUCUUCGGUACCCGAACGUCGGCAGUAAAGCCAACGCUGCUCACAUUGGAGCUUUCUCUCGUUCGCCUCGUCCAGAUUGGGAGAGGUGAUUCCCAUUUUAUGUCGACGUUCAUGCCAAUGGAGGAUGACAGUGAGGAUCAGUCGUCUCCAAAAACGCAGCGUGGUAUCUCUCUCACGUAUCUUCACCCGCAGGAUUUCGAUCUUACUGACCGUAUACUAGCGAUUAGCUCAGCCACGGAGCAGGAAGAACUACAUGACGGAACACUCCAGCGUAUUCCUUUUGCUGUGUUCGAGUCACGACUACGCCGUGGUCUGGUUAUGGGUUUUGCAUUAGUUGAAUCUAUUUCCCCCACCAAAAUGACUAUAUUAACAAAUGCAGCGGGAAUUCGGAAAGAGAAAGGUCUUUGUUUCAUCCUUACAGAGGAGCGCCUCCCAACACAACCUUCAACAGACCGUACCGGCGCUCUUAUAUGA